GCUUUCCUCGUAGCUGGUCGGACUUUUUUUGCGAACGAACCAAACACGAAAGGAGCAAACAAAAUGUUCCAGCGAGCAUUUGUUUAAGCUGAGAACCAUUUUUUAUUUUUUAUUUUACUACAUUUCCUCUGCAAUACACGAUGUCUGACGAGGAGGAGGAUUAUAUGUCUGAUGCAUUCCUCAGUAAAAUUCAAGAUGUGAAGCCAGGGGUCAGCAUGGUGAGGAGGGCAAAGGAAGCAAUCAAAAAGGAGGAAACGCAAAAGGAGAAGAAUAUCCAGAACCGUCAGAAGAGCUACAAGGAGCAGGAGAAGGAAAGCAGAGAAGCAGCUUUACAGAGCUCCAUCAGCAAUGAGAACAAGGGUUUUGCACUGCUUCAAAAGAUGGGUUAUAAAGCUGGACAAGGCCUUGGGAAAGAGGGAGCAGGGAGGGUUGAUCCAAUUCCUCUAACUAUAAAAGCAGACAGAGGGGGUAUUGGUCUUGAAGAGGUUAAGAAAAGAAAAGCUGAGGAGGAACUCCACCAUUAUCGGCAGAAAGUGAGAGCCAAACAGCAGAACGAGGCCAAGUCUUUGGAAGAUUUUAGGUCAAGAGUCAGAACAGAGAGAGAAGAGCGUAAGAUUGAAGGAGAUUUGAGGAGGAGUCAGCGAUCUUGCGAGCAGCUUGACAAUCAGAAGGGUAUAAGUGUUCCCAGAGAACCCUGGUAUUGGCCCAAAGUUGACGCUGACAACGAGGAAGAUCCUGCGGAAGAAGAGGACGAAGAGGACGAAGAGGAAGAAAUUACAGAGCUAAAUUCCUUUGAUAAAUUGCAAUUCAUUACAUCCUAUUUAAGAGGAGUCCAUUUUUACUGCUUGUGGUGUGGCACCGCAUUUAAUGAUGAAGAGGACCUGAGCUCCAACUGUCCAGGAGAUACAGCGGCAGACCACGAAUGAUCCUAAUUAAAAAUGACAUUCAGUUACUCCGUUCUUGAAAAAAAAAAAGAUAUAUUAUUUCCUUAAAGUACUUUUGAUGUUAGAAGGACAAAGCUAUAUUGAAAAUUGGGAUCUGCAGAGUUUAAUAGAGCAACCGGAUCAGACGAUACUGCACUGAGAAUUUGAGUAAGGUUCAUUUCUUGUUUAAAUCUGCUGUCACUUGUUUUUUCUGUGGUCUUAAGUUUUUUUCAGAAAUGUAACAAAAAGAUACGGUUUUACAGUUUAUGUUUUAAAAAGAUGUAUAAAAGUAUUUCAUGUGUUUCAAAAGCAGUCAUAAUAAAAAAAAAUUGUGUUAAUUGAA